UUGCAAAUAUAUAUCACGACAUUUUAUCAAGAAUCAGUUCUUCAAUAACGACUGAACUAAAAGAUGCUGCGAUACUUUACCACUGUGUUGGUGAUACAAGCAGUUGUCUGUCAACAAAUAACUACUGACGAUACGAAUGUUGGACCUCCUCUAAAUGCUGAUGAUUUUGCUCGUGCCGCAGUGCUACCUAAGCCUAAUAUAACUCAUGAAGAAAUGCACCAGCUUGUAGCUGAAGGGGAACAAAAAGCUUACGUGAAUAAACCAACACGUAACAUUAUGGCACCAAUCAAGAGACGUUGGCCAAACGCUGAGGUUCCUUACACAUUAGACGCUGCAUUUACUGCUGAUGAAAGAGCUGUAAUAGCUGCUGGUAUAGCAGAUAUUCAAGCAACAACUUGCAUUAGAUUCGUUCCGAGGACUACUGAGGCAGACUUUGUGAAGAUACAGACUGGAGAUUCAGGAUGCUAUGCUUAUGUUGGAUAUUAUAAUGGGCAAAACCAAUAUCAUAUCGUGAAUCUUCAACAGAAUGGAUGUGUGUACAAGAAAAUUGUUCUUCAUGAACUUCUGCAUACUCUUGGUGUUAAUCACGAACAGUGCAGACCAGAUAGAGAUGAUUUUCUGAUUAUGCACUGGAACAACCUAAAGGGAACUGCUGCCAAUAACUUCUGGUUGGAUCAAUGGGACACUACUCCUGAUGCUAAUCUCCCCGCAUCUGUUUGUAGCUCUUCAGGGUUAUCAGGUACCCAAACCAGGGACUUCUCUAACUGUUGGUCUGGUGAUAGAGUUACUGCUCAUGGAUAUCCUUUUGACUUUACAUCUGUCAUGAUGUAUGGUCUCAAAUCGUUUGCAGUGAACAGUGCAAAUAAUGUUAUGACCCCUAAAGAUGCUAGCAUCACAACAGUUGGUGGGGAUGACCUAUCUGUUCUAGAUAUCAAGAAACUCUCUGCUGGGUACAGCUGCAGUGCUGCUGAAGUUAACAGCUGUGGAGGCUAUGUGAGAGGAGACAGUGGCACAAUUACAACUGGAGGACAAAGUAGCUGUGAUUGGUUGAUUGAGGUUGAACCUGGAUAUGCAAUCAAGCUUUCAACUACUUCUUUCCAGGCAGUAUGCCCAUCAAAAUUGGAAAUCAGGAAUGGUAACACAAAAUCAUCAGCAAUCAUAAAUUCAUUUUGUGGCGCAGAUGUACCAACCAUGAUCAUCUCUCCUGAUGCAUCUAUGUAUAUUUCCUGGUCCAUGGUGGGAGCUGGACAAUCUUUUACAGCUACUUGGGAGAAGGUGGCAGUUACAUGUUGUGACAGUGUUAAAAUGGCUUCCACUGGAGUUUCCGGAGCCCAACUACCUAGCUAUAUGAUCACAUAUACUCAUGUAGCAGGAGAUGAUGUUAAUGGACGACCUGUUUAUAGAAAUGGGGCCAGAUGGUUAGCAAGCACUGGAACUCAGUGGAUUGUUUCUUCUACGGCAUUUGGGGUAUCUCCUGGAUCCGGAAGUGGAUUGAUGUUUGGAUCAGGAACAUCCAUGUGCCCAACUGGUGUAGGAGAAUGGAGAUUCAAUGAUCAGGUUAUUGGUGGUAUCGUGCCCGACACAGCUCUCACAUCUACAUGUGCAGUUCAAUGCCCUCCUACUAUUCCUGCAGCCCCAAGUGGUGCGGUAACUACUUGGAACUCAGAAACGAAAGUUAACACUGUUGUGUCUUACAAAUGUUCUGAUGAGCAAACCUUGUAUGCCUCCUGUUCAACUGCUGGUGAAUGGACACCUGCUACUAUUCCUGCUUGUGGGGGGACUGAACCACCACCAACUGUACCUACAACUGCUCCUCCUACAGCCCCUCCUACUGCUCCUCCUACUCUCUGUCCAUCAGCAAGGAGGAAGAGAAUCUCCCUAGUAAACCUAAACACCUGCCGGGUUAUACAGUCUCAUGGUUCCUGGGAUGGAGUAACAAAAUAUGGUAGAAGAAGCGGAACAUACUGGCAUAUCAAGCACCCUCGCUGCGACAUUAAGGUCACAUGUGAAGGGUUCAGUACAAGAUCAAAUGCUGAUUGCUCUGGUGGAGAUCUUCUGAAAGUUAUCAGGGGAACCGAUGUUCAGACCUACUGUAAUGAGGAUGGCCCAGACGGAGAGAUCUUCACUAAAAGGGUCAGAACUACAUUCAGGUUUAUUGCAAAUAAAAGACUCCACGCUACUGGGUUCAGGUGCAACAUCAGUUGUGUUUCAUAGAUAUGGAAAUAUUAUUCACGAAAAAUAAUUGGUCAAUUGGGAUAAAACUUAAUCAAACAUUGUUUUUUUUCUUUAAAUAUUUAGAUUGAAUUUAAAGCCAUGGAAAUAUGGAAAUAUUAUUCACGAAAAAUAAUUGGUCAAUUGGAAUAAAACUUAAUCAAACAUUG